AUGUUUUUCUUUACAAAACUUAACAACAUAUAUGUUACGUCCGUCGAAUCGUAUCAUAAUUCGGGCCUUACAUCCUACUCGGUUGGAUACUCUACGUCUUCUUACUCAAUUUUCGUUUGGCACCGGUUGACAUGUGUUUAUUAUCGUUUUAUCUCGUUCUUUCACCAACGUGCUGUGCCUAAUGUCAAAUCCUACAGUAGAAGCAUACAGUUGCUAGAACUCGACUGCUUCAUUCAAAGCUCUAAAUCAUUGUCCAUUAAAGUUCAUAUUGUACCUGAUUGGGUGUCGUUCAACUCCAUAUGUUGCAACAUGAGGUUGACAACAACGGACUGUGUAUGUUGGAUCGGAGUUUUACAAUCGGUCGAGCUUUGGCUUACAAUGCUCGCGGUAAGGAAACCUGCUCGUGCCAUCGCUAAAAAAUCGAUUUCGAGCGCCCAAAAAUUGAUCAGAAACCUCGAAAUAGGUGAUCUUUUGCAAAUAUUUCAGAUUGAAUCUCCCGUCAGGAUUUUCGAAUUUGCGGAGCUAGGG